GACUGAUGGUUAAUUGUGCACUACUACCCGCUGGGCGCUGCACUCGGAAAGAGAUUCGCUUUGCAAAAAAUUGUCAGCUUUUUCUAAGGCAAUUUCGAUUUGAUCGCUAGAAUUAUGAAAUUUCUUAAAUGUCUCAAGGACUGAUUUUUAUUUUUGGUCCAGGCACUCCGAUCCCUAACGUGCCAUUCUCUAAUGUUUUCCUGGAGUGUUUGCGACUUCCCAAUCUCGGCGUUUGGUUUGAUCUUUUCGAAAACGAAGUUGGUGAUCGAGGGCACAGUCGGAUUCGCCGUCUGACGACUGUCAGCGACGAAGCUGCGGAUAUUGUUGAUAUUCUGUUGCCCGCUUUAAGGGCCACAUUCGCAGCUCAAGGAAAGGAUAUAAGGGUUGGUUGGUUCGGGCAACGCAGCCCGUGCCCAGCGAAUUAGUACUGGCGUAACGUACGCCAGAUCCAGCAGCGAGUGAGAGGAAUUUCCGGAGUUGGGCUUGUUGAUUUUAAUCACUCAUUUAAUCUCGUCAUUGCCGUGGCAUCCGGUUGUCGUUGCAGCGGCUGGAUCCCUCCUGGUUUGAUGAAGAUCGUCUCUGAUCUCCUUGAUGAACGCUGCCACACACUGCACAGCAGUUCCACCUCAAAGUCGCUGUCCUGCUGACUAUCAACUCCCGCCUAAAUCCCGUACUCCCCUCCCCGUUUUCCCGGCCAGUUAACGCGCUCUUUUAUUUUAACCUGUCGCUGUGCCCAUAAACCGAUCGAAGUUUAAGUGGGGGAUUCAUUAAAGCCAGCCCGUACACUGCGGCGCGUGUAAAUAAGUACGCAACCAAGCCUGUCUGUAUAGCCGGGUGUUACGUCAUCGCACCGGUGAGCAUUAUAGGCCUGUAUGCACAGCAGCAGCGGAUAUUGGACAACAGCAGAAAAAUGGGUGUUGAACCAGUCGCUGUCGUGUCAAGCGUCAGUGCUGCUGCGGCUGAUCAUCCGGGCACCACUGGUGAUAACAACAAUUCCAAAUACCCAUCUGAUCCCGCCGCCAUGACUUCGGACUACGAUUAUCUGGUGAAACUGCUGGCGCUGGGUGAUAGUGGUGUGGGCAAGACCAGCUUCUUAUGCCAGUACACGGACGGCGUCUUUCAGUCGCGCUUCGUAUCAACAGUUGGCAUCGAUUUCCGGGAGAAGCGUGUUAUUUACCGCUCACCUGAUAAUUCCAGCCGGCCACAUCGGGUUCAUCUGCAGCUGUGGGAUACUGCCGGACAAGAGAGAUUCCGUAGCCUGACCACGGCGUUUUUUCGUGAUGCAAUGGGCUUCCUUUUGAUGUUCGAUGUGACCAGCGAGGAUUCCUUCUUACACGUUCGCAGCUGGCUGGAACAGCUGCGCACCCAUGCGGCCACUGAAACACCGGAUAUUGUGUUAUGCGGCAACCAGGCCGAUCUGGACUCCCGUCGGAAAGUGAGUGAAGCGCGUGCAGGGGAGUUUGCCAAGCAGCACGGCAUGCCGUGCUUUGAAACCAGUGCCUCUACUGGGCAGAGUGAUACCGCAUGCGUGGAUGUAUUGGAGUUGGUGAUGGUGCGAAUGGAGGAGUCGCUGGAUAAAAGAAGCAAAGCCGGUGGUGCACGCCAGAAAUCCAUCCAGCGUAUUACUCUGCAGGAUUCUCUGGAACGCCGGACAGCAAAGGACGACGUUCAUCCACAUGAUGUUAAGUGUUAACUCGACUGACAUUUCUACUUUCUGCCACGUUGGUCCUUUUUGGGGUUGCUGGUGGUUUUGUUUCUGCUAACUUGUAAGGAUAUGCGACAUAGCAACGAUUAAAUUAAAUUUUAUGACGGGGUAAGGUUUAUGCAGUCCAGUUCAUCUUCCUGUGAGUUGUAAGUACUCUAUCAAACAGUAAAAGCCAAGGGCGUUUAAUUGGACGAUAAAAUUA